AUGCCGUGGCAGGAGCUCCGAGAUGAGGUCGUCGCUCGAAGACGCAAAGACUUUGCACAAGGAGACAAGGUUGACACAUCAUUGUGGCCCUUCAUGGCCCUGGCCCACUUACCAGAGAAGUUCCUCAGCGAAGAGGAUGCCAUGGUUCGGCUGUCCGGAGAGCCGAUAUAA